AGCAACUGUGUCAGGUUGGCCAACCGAUGGUGUUUUUCCUUUGGCAGCUAAAAGUUACAGGUUAUAGCUGUCAUUGGUUUUGACUUUGUAAUCGAUUAAGACAAGGAAACAAUCCUCCACGCAAUCUGCAAAUGUCCGGUCAAAGUAUCGCCAGAAAUAAUGGUGAUGUUCCUCACAGUCGCCCGAGUCUCCCAUUGGGCAUGGUCCCCAGCCGGCCACGAGAUUUAUCUUUCACGCCAAGAAGCAGUGAAAAUUUAGAGACUGAUAGGAAGUUGAAAGAAAUCAUGAAAAUUAGUGGUAACCUAACAAUCAACAACAAACUAUACGAAACUGAUAUAAAAGAUAUGGAAAGACUUGAAGAACUGGGCUUCGGGACCUGCGGUCACGUUAUCAAAAUGAGACACAAACUAAGUGGCGAAAUCAUAGCCGUCAAACAAAUGCGACGUUCGGGCAACAACGACGAAAACAAAAGGAUUAUUAUGGACAUUGAAGUGGUCCUAAAGUCACACGACUGUAAAUAUAUAGUUCAAUGUUUAGGCUGUUUUAUAACCGAUUCGGAAGUCUGGAUAUGCAUGGAGCUCAUGACUACGUGCUUUGAUAAGUUACUAAAACGGUUAGGUAAACCGAUACCUGAAGAAAUCCUGGGUAAAGUUACAGUUGCUACUGUAGAGGCUUUAUCGUAUUUAAAAGAUAAGCACGGUGUGAUACAUAGGGAUGUAAAACCUUCAAAUAUUUUGAUCGACACUAAAGGCCAUAUAAAAUUGUGUGAUUUUGGUAUUAGUGGACGUUUGGUGGACUCAAUGGCAAAAACUAGGAGCGCUGGGUGUGCUGCAUAUUUAGCUCCGGAACGCAUUGAACCCGACCCUAAAAAUCCCGACUAUGACAUACGUGCCGACGUUUGGUCAUUAGGCAUAACUCUAGUUGAAUUAGCAACGGGGGUUUUCCCAUAUCCCAACUGUACAACCGAUUUUGAAGUCCUAACCAAAGUGCUAGGACAAGAUCCGCCAAGCUUACCUGAGACUUUUAGUCCGGAAUUUAGGGAAUUUGUUAAAUUUUGUUUAAUUAAAGAUCAAAAACAGAGGCCUAAAUAUGCGAAACUGAAAAAUUUGUCGUUUAUUAAAAAGUACGAAGUAAAGCUGGUGAAUGUGGGGGAGUGGGUGGUGAACGCACUUAAGGAGGCAGACGCUGUGGCGAAUCCAACAGCGCCUAGACCAAACCUCGCUCAGUCAACCUUACGUCGUUUUUUUACCUCGCAUCAAAGGCAACAACCACCAAACACCCAACAUCUUGCUCAAUUCCUGACGAAUAUUACCAACGGCAACGCGCAAUGUUCCUACAAACCGCUAAAACCGCCCGAACCUAAGAAGGAAGAACCGCCGGUUUAUCAAAGUCUACCGCCGGAAGGUCGGCACAAUUCACGUUUAAGCACAUUCCAAUUGAAUCACCAAAGAAACGAUAACCAAAGGACAGACGAUUUAUUGCCUCACCAAAGCGCCGAGCCCAACGAUAGUCUUUUCAAAACCUACUCGCCCUUUAAAGCAUAUCAGAACCAUCUGGCGGCGAAACAGCGCGAACAAGACGAGUUUCAAGGGGCGGGGGCGUCGCCCUACCCCGCCAGAAGGGCCCCCGAGAGCCACUGGCGCUCCCCAAGUGCCUCACCUUUGCCCCUUAGGUCGCAGUUUCAAAGCCAAGAACAAUACAACUGUGGAAAUACUAGUCCUAUAAUUUUACAAAGAUUCUACCACCAACAAAAGCAGCAACAACUGGCGAAAGAAGCCGAAGAAUCGGGAAAAAAACGAUUUGCUUCCUACAUCAAGUUGCAACUAAGCGGUGACCGGAGUGGAAGGUCGUCGAGGCACCAAAGCCCCGAGCCCCCACCCAGACUCAAUAGGACCAUCAGUAGCGAAAAUCAAAGUCCUCUAGCGUUGCACCGGAAUUUUUUAGAAACGAAUUCGCCUAGUCUGUCGCGAAGGUAUAUAUCGCCAACGCCUCCGGUGCCUCCGCCACGACGUUUAUCCGAAAGCACGUCAGUGCCAGGCUCUCCACAACAUUUAAGGGCGCGAUUUCACUACACGCCAGAGCCCCAAAGGCGGCUAUUCCACAAUAACGACGUCUCAUAACAUACAAAAUUUAGAGUACUUAGAGAAAAAAACGCCAAUUUUUAAUAUCGAAAUUGCCUUCAUAGCACUGCUGUUGGUGUGAAGCAGCUUGAAAAGAUUUUCGCCGAAAUGUGGCAAAAAUAUUCACGUUUUAAUCGUCACUUACCAUUAUAUUUACCGCCAAUUUUUCACUGUUUUUCGGAAAAUUGUGUCAAUUUUAUAAACAUUUGAAACGCGCGUGUUGAAAGCGAAUCGAAGACUGGCCAUUGUAUAAUUUUUUCGAAAAAACUGAACUGUUUUUCUUAUGAAAAACAUUGAAAACAACUUAUUGUGUUCAUUCAUUGUUGCGGGUUCUGAUAGUUGCAACAGUUUGAUUUAAUUGCAAUUUUAUUGCCCAUUUGUUCGAAGCGACAAUUGACAAAAAACUGAAUAAACUGUGUAAGAAUACAUCGUCAUCAACAAAAAUAUAAUAAUCGCAAAGGCGCAAACAAAGCAUUUGCUAUUAAAUAUCUUAUAUUUUUCUCUAUCUAUGUGUUUUUUUUCAGAAUUAUUUAACAGUUUUUUAUGAUUAAAAUUGUUGUUUCUUAUGUUAUUUUAGAACAAACCAUGCCUAAAUGUUGUUAUAAGGAAGGUAGACAAAAAUAUGAAGUAUUUAAUAGAAAAGCUGAUUAUUUAGGUAUAAUGUUGUUCAGAAGAGUGAUAAAUUGUGGUUAAAUUUGGAUUUGGAGAAUUUCUAUUGAGCUGAUUCACACCUAUUUUACAGCGGACUCGCUUGCGUUGUACGGCUUUUCAUAAAUAAAGAAACUUCGUGAUUUUGUUUAAAUGGUGCUUCAGAAUGAUUUGUUCGGGUUAGUUUAAAUAAAUUCAGUCGUGAUAGCGAUAUUGCGGCGCAAAAUUCGUUAAUCGUCACUGUCUUUGAAAUUGGCAAGUUCUUUUAGUUAUAAUCGUGUGUUCUGCUGUGUUUGUAAAACAUAGUCACUUUACAUUACUAGUCUUUAAUCCGUCAGGAUGUUGGUUGCUGGUCCUGUGUAUUAUUUUUUUAAGUGAUCUAUUUUAGAGAUAAAUAAUUUUAGUAUUAAAUGAUUUUAAAAUUAAAUAUUAUUGGACUGAUAUUUAUUACAAUACAAAUUGCUCGCUUACGGUUGAUGUUUUAUCGAGUGAUGUCGAUAAAGUCCAAGUUUCGUGUUUUUUAAUUUCCUCUAUUAAAAAAUAUCGAGACUCGUUUCAAUUUCUCGGUUUUCUGCUAUGUUAAUAUUUAUUUUAUUUAAUUGUAAUUAACAUCAGUUUAGAAAAAUGCUCUAAUUUAUAUUUUAAUUACGACUGUGGCAGAAAUAAAUGCACUCAUUUUGGCCACUUGCAGAACCCACCAAAUGCCAAACGUUUUGCUAUAAAAUCUCACUCACCACAUUUGUUGAACCUGGACAGCGUCACCAUACACCAGCACUUAAGUACUCACUUUUUGAAAACACCGGUAUUUUAAUUAUUAACAAUCAAUAAGACCGUAAAUCGUUCGUGCGGAAGCCAAACGUGGACUGACGACUCAUUGUCUUAUCUGUUCUCUCGAAAACGGCACCAAAAAAACAUUUCGUAACAGUUUUAUUCCCGCCAUUCGCACAGAUUCAAGCCCUAAAGUAGAUUCGGGCUCUUUUUACAUUUAAGACAUAAUUAACCAAACGAUUAAAAAUGUGCAUUUGGCGAUUCUGCAAGUCCAAGUGAUGUAUUUGUCUGCUACAGUUUAAUAUUUUUAAAGGCUGUUAAUUAUCUUUACCGAUUCAUGUCUAGAUAAGUUGUAGUAUUAGAAUUACGAAAUUCACAUGCACUAUGAUUUUUUACAGGUUUUUAAAGACCACAGUUGUCCAACUGUGUUUGUAAAUAAUUAAAGAUGCCAUACCUGAUAUUACUGUAUAGUUUAAUUUAAAGAAUGAUGUAAAUAUACCUACCUGACUAUCAUAAUUAAAAAGAUAUUUUAAAUCCCA